CAUGACGUCAUCGAUCAUCCGAGCCCAGUAUCCAAAGGCGCACGCAGCUUAGUACACGGAUCGUCUCCCGCUGCAGGUGUAUUGGUGUAACGCAGCGGAUACAAACAUCAUACGAUAGGACACUCCCCCGUAGGAUUGAAUCACGUGAUUAGGAUUAGGAUGAAAUUUGUGACAUUUUUAUGACCAUAUUUGGUCAUGAAAUCGUAAUCCCACGAUUUCAAACGCGUGACUGGGAAGCGGAAUUAGUAUAUAAGGACACAAAAAUGUAGAAUAAAAUCAGUAGUUAAUGAGCAAUCGUUUGAGUCGUUGCUUUGAUCCGAACAUAAAGGUUCUACUAACUACAGUAUAGAGUCCCGAGAGAGAGGACCACUAACGGGUUAGUAUCCGAUCAGUGCUAAUUUCCCAAAACUGCGGUAUAGAGUCCCGAAAGAGAGGACCACUAACGGGUUGUGCGGGAAUUAGUGCUUAAAAGGUUGAGUCGUGUAGGGCCUAAGGUGAGGAAAGGCCUAACCUUCGCGAGGCCUGCAUCUAGGAAGGUCCACCCCUCAACAGUAGCCAUGCCCUACCUUUCCACCUGGUGGAGGCAGACGAUGUAAAAGAUUUGUUUAAAGAGUUAUGCCCCAACUAUUCGCUCCCAUCACGAAAAACUAUUAGUAACACUCUGUUAAACAUCCGUUAUGAACAGUUAUUAGAAAUUGUGAAGGAUCAACUAAAAAAUUCUAAGGCAGUAUGUUUAACAUCCGACGAUUGGACUAAUCUACAAAACGAAAUUUUCUUCGCAGCCACUGCACAUUUUGUUAAUAGUGAUUCAAAAUUAAUUACAUAUAUGUUAGCUUGUGAAGAGUUCCCCCACAAACGCACAUCUGAGAACAUAGCAGAAUGGUUAGAAAAAAUUAUGGAACAAUUUCAAUGUUCCAUAAAAGUAACAUGUAUAGUAACCGAUAACGCACCCAACAUGAAAAAAGCAGUUAGUUUACUUGGAAUAGAAAAUAUCCCUUGUUUUGCCCACAGUCUCAAUUUGAUAGUUCAACAUGCCAUCAAUAAUUCAAUCCAAUCAACAGUAGCUACAGUUAAAAAAAUAGUAAAAUAUUUUAAAAAAGUGCCCAAGCUUCCGCAAAGCUUCGAGAAUUUCAAACUAAUUCUAGACGUCGCCACAAGAUGGAAUUCGACGUAUUACAUGUUGGAACGUUUUCAUACGAACAAAGACCCAAUAAUUUCAUCACUAGCGUUGCUCAAUUUUGAAAAUACUCUUAACGAGCAUGAUUGGGUAAUUAUGCACGAAGCAUCAAUCGUUCUAAAUUUCUUUGAUUUAGUUACGAAAGAAAUCUCAGCUGAAAAGACAGUGACAUUAUCAAAAGUGAAAGUGAUUACAAGCUCAAUGAUAAAAAAAUUACAAGUGCAUUUACAAAACAGUUCAUACUCUGAACAAACAAAAACUUUAAUCACCCUUCUCCUUGAAGGAAUUCAACAGAAAUUCAAUUAUAUGGACUCCGAGGUUGUUCAGUUAGCAACAAUUUUAGAUCCCCGAUUUAAACAGAGAGGAUUUAAUAGUGACAGACAAUUCAAUCAAUGCUGCGCACACUUACUUCAAAAAAUUAAAUCCAUCAAUUCCAUUGAUCAACGGGACUCCAUUCAACAACCACAGGAUAAAACUGACUUUUCAAAUGAUGAUAAAAACACCAUAUGGGAGGAUUUUGAUAUGGAACAGGGUUCAUCGCAAGUCGUACUAAAUACGCGCAGUGAAGCUCAAAAAGAGAUAGAUAAUUACUUAGCAGAGCCAUUAACUCACCGGAAUGACGAUCCCUUGGAUUGGUGGAAACUUUAUAAAAAUAAGUAUCCUUUAUUGCAUUCGGUAAUGCUAGAAACUUUAUGCAUUCCGGCAUCGUACGUGCCGUGCGAAAGAGUUUUUUCGAAGGCAGGAGAUGUGGAGACGAGUAAACGGAAUAGGCUUAAACCAAAUAAAUUAAACAAAAUAUUAUUCGUUAAACAAAACAAGGUAACAUGA